ACAUUUAACACAGCAAUUUUUACUCUGAAUAAAUAAUUCCACGCUAUAUACAUUCCUGAAACUCCUUUCCCCAACAAAUGUUGUCGCGAGCAAAUUCCGCAUCUUGACACUACCACUAUAACAAAGAGCCAUGUCCGAGUCUCUCAACGUGAUCGCCUUAAUAUCAGGUGGAAAAGACAGUUUCUUUUCAACAAUCCAUUGCAUUCAAAAUGGACAUAAAGUCAUCGCUCUUGGGAAUCUCCAUCCACCCCUCACUGAGCCUGAAAUAAAAGAAGAGAAUAUUACCCAUAAGGAUGAAAAUGAUCUUAAUAGCUUCAUGUAUCAGACGGUAGGACAUACAGUGAUACCGUUAUAUGAGGAGGCGUUGGGGAUUCCGCUGUAUCGACAGGCUAUUGUUGGGGGUGCUGUUCAGACUGCGGCGAGCUAUGCUCAUGCGGAGCCCAGAAGUUCCGGGGCUGGGAAGUUGGUAGCGGAAGAGAGUCAUUUGGAUGGGGGUGAGGAUGAGACGGAAUCUCUCGUUCCCCUUUUAAGAGGCAUUAUGCAUGCUCAUCCGGAAGCAAAUGCUCUUAGUACAGGCGCUAUACUCUCCACUUAUCAACGAACGCGCGUGGAGUCCGUAGCAUUACGAUUAGGACUGAUUCCUCUCUCGUUCUUGUGGCAAUACCCGAGUCUUCCGCCUAGGAUGCAAAUUUCUCUGCUGCAGGAUAUGGAAACUGCAGGGUUGGAUGCGAGGAUUAUCAAGGUGGCAAGUGGUGGGCUUGAUGAGAGUUUUUUGUGGGAAAAUGUUGCGAGUGGGAAGGGAAUGCGCAGAGUGGAAAGGGCGAUGAAGAGAUUUAGUGUUGAUGGUGAUGGAGCUGUAUUAGGUGAGGGUGGGGAAUUUGAGACGCUGGUUGUGGAUGGGCCACGUUGGCUGUUUAGGAAAAGGAUAGAGGUUGAGAUGAAAAAUUUGAGGGUCGUCAGGGAAGGUGGAGGUUCUGCUUGGUUACAGAUUAGUGAUGUGUCUUUAGUGGAUAAGGAAAUUGGUGAGAAUGAGGAGAUAUCCUGUCGAGUGCCGGAAUUGCUCGAUCAGAGGUCGUUGGAGAUUCUAUCUGCAUUGAAAAAUAACAAGGAUUUUGACGACCUGUCUACGUCAAGUACAGCGGACGGCGAAUCACCGAUAUCAUCAGGGUGGGAGCUUAAAUCCCCUAUUUUUAACAGGGUUGAGAACAGUAACAUGCUACAUUGGACAAUUGUACCAGAAAGUGGUUCUUGUUCAUCAAUAUCAGAGGAAGCAAAAAGCGUUGUAGAAACAAUAAGAGAGCGACUUGAUCAGGCAUCACUGUCAACCACUGACAUCGUUUCUACCAUGAUUAUGCUACGCUCAAUGGAAGAUUUCACAACAAUCAACCAGGUACUAUCAACCCCAAGCUUAAUAACUAAUAAACAUAUCUCUAAUAAAUUUCCAGAUUUACGGUACUCUCUUUCCACAUCCCAAUCCCCCAUCCCGCGUAACUAUCUCCUGCGGCUCCUCGAUGCCCCUGAAUAAAUCCCUAAUAAUUCAUCUCACACUGCAUAUUCCAUCGGACAGCUCGUCGCCCCGCAAAGCUCUACACGUACAAUCACGUUCCUACUGGGCCCCUGCGAAUAUCGGACCAUACUCACAAGCCAGUUCUCUUCCAUCCUCGCAAUCAUCCUCUCAAUUUUUCACCAUCGCAGGGCAAAUUCCUCUAAUCCCUCACACCAUGCUUCUCCCCACCUCAUCAUCCCACUCCCCAACUUUACCAUCACCUACCUUCCACAUCUCUACAGUCCUGUCUCUCCAACAUCUCCUCCGCAUCGCAGACGUCACAUCCAUCAAAUGGUUCACCAGCGCCUGCAUCUACAUACCCUCCCACCAUCCCAACGAGCAAUAUUCCCCAUCCGUCCGCUCAAAAAUCGGCUACCAAGCCUGGAAACACAUCCAUACCCUCCAAUCCUCGGAAUCCGACGACGAAGAACCCCGCGAUCUAUGGGAAGAAAAAUUCCGCUACUCAAACACGUCUCCUUUAACGACCGAAACGACCUCUACCACAUAUCCCGACCACGCGCUCCUACAAGCGGAUACUUGCUCCAUACCGCCAUUCUGGACUGCAGAGGUUGAUUCUUUGCCCCGUGGAAGCGAAGUAGAAUGGCAUGCGCAUUUGGGGAUCUGUGAUGGUCCUAUUACUGUUUGUUUCCUUCUUUUAUUUUGUUCUUUCCUUCUGAGAAGUAUGAUAAUGACUGAUGAUUUUGGUAUUAGAUCUCAGACACCGAAACGCAAGAGCACCGUAGCAAUUCCGUCGCAACGGCAGGUAUGCGCCAUACCGUCCUUAUGUUUCCUCACCAUAGUAUUCCCGAGCCUAGUGUUCUUGUAGAUAAUCACAAUAAUUGCGGUCUACUCCAAUUGGUCUAUGUGGAUACAUCGCUUGUCGAUAUGAGUACGCUAUUAAGUGGAGGAUGGGGAGGUAAAGGGGUGAUACCAUGCAAGAGUCUAUGGGAUGGCGAGGGGAGAAGAUUAAGUUCUGUGAUUAUUUAUUGGAGGGAUGCAAGGUAGAUAUUUAGAAAAUGUUUAUGAUGUUAAACAGUUAAGGAUGUUUUUCGUAUAGCGGAUGAAGAUUCAGUAUCCUAAUUCACUUGAUAAGGAUAUCUACCAUGGAGCUUCGAGUUGUCCAUCUUCUU